AUGAAGAUGUUUGCACUCGCUCGCUUAUCCCGUGUACUCUUGAUAGCAACCUUUGGGUUUACACUCGCAGAACAAGCGGCGCAACCACGCCGAGAUGUCUUCUUCGUUGGUGGAAGGUACAACAAGGUUACGAUCAUGACCGGUCAAAUAUACGUCGAAAGAUUGACUCCGCCAAACGUCACCCAGGCAAACCCUCUUGUUUUCAUCGCUGGAGCUGGCCAGACUGGUACGAACUUUUUGGAGACACCUGACGGUCGACCAGGAUGGGCUUCCUUCUUCCUUGACAAGGGAUACAUCGUAUACCUUAGUGACCAGGCAUCUCGUGGUCGCUCUCGUUGGCAACCUUCGGUCGGCUCGAUGAUAGCGAGUGGUACAGAAAAAGUGGAAGAGAUCUUUACAGCGCUUUCAAAGCACAAUCUUUGGCCCCAAUCGAAGCUGCACACACAAUGGCCUGGGACUGGAUUAGUCGGCGAUCCGACCUUUGAUGCGUUUUAUGCUUCGCAAGUCCAAUACAUGCCUGACAGCAACAUCUAUGAAGAUGAAAACACCGCCGCUUACUCAGCAUUGCUCGACAAAAUUGGUGCGGCACACGUUUUCACUCACAGCCAAGCUGGUUCCUAUGGAUGGCGCAUAGGAGAUGCGAGGCCCAGCUUAGUCAAAAGCAUUAUCGCGCUCGAGCCAGCUGGACCGCCGUUCGACGGAAGGGCCCCUUUCACCGGAAACAAGACGUGGGGCAUCACGUACGAGAAGGUGGAAUACGAACCUCCGAUCGGAAAUGACUCAUCUCUUCUAGACACGGUGCGCGUACCAGCACCAGACGCGGAUCACAAUGACUGUAUCUUGCAGCGAGACCCAGCGAGGAAGCUCAAGAAUCUAAUGGACAUCCCAGUGCUAGUGGUCACUAGCGAAGCAAGCUACCAUGCGCCGUACGACUACUGCACUGUUGCAUUCUUGAAGCAGGCAGGCGUGCAGGUAGAAUUUGCUGAUUUACCUAAAGAGGGCAUUCAUGGAAACGGGCAUUUCUUGUUCAUGGAGAAAAAUAACAUAGAGAUUGCAGAACGUAUUCUCAAGUGGAUCGAGUCGGUAUAAGGAUCAGGGCUAGCGAACUACAAACCAUCUAUCGGCAAGAGAAAGCAGUAUAGUUUCGUCGUAAUGUUCAUAGAUCCACCCAAGCUCAAAUGGAGUUGCCGUAUAGUGCAACCUUGCAGCCAUUCUUGCUCUUACACGUCAGCUUCAUCUCACCCACCCAGUCUUCCUUGUCGCGACUCUCAAGCACCUCAAAUUUCUUUGCAAGUCUUACAAGCACAUACGCUGCCUCGACCAGCACUUUCUGCUUCCCCAAACACUCCCUGUUACCGCCGCCAAAGCCCAUGAACUCCCAAUGCGUAGGCUGAAUUGUCUCCCAGCGUUCAGGUCGGAAGGUCUCGACGUCUUUACCGUACACGACGGGAUCACGAUGAAGUGCGUACCAGCUCAUAUUGGCAACUGUUCCUUUGGGUAUGAAGAUUGGUUCAUCCUGGUUGGGGCCGCCACCCACUGGCAGUCUAGUGUCUUGUGUCGCAGAACGGCCCAUGAUGGGAAAGACUGGAUAUAACCGGAGGGAUUCCAUGAGGAUGUUCUGGACUACGGUAAGGUUCAAGAGGACGUCAAAGCUAAAGUCGCUCACUUCGUACGACUUCAAAGCUAUUCGUAUUUGUUCCCAGUACUUGGGAUGCCGCGACAGUAGGAAGCAUGAAUUUCCAAGAAGUGCAGACGUGGUCUCCUGCGAAGCCAU